AUGGAUAGAAAUUUCGAGUUUGGUAACUCGAACAAUGGGUUAACCAAUUUUAAUAACAACGAUACACAUAAUUUAAAUUUCUCAUUUAACUCAAACGAUGAUUUAACUCAUUUAGGCAAAUUAAAAAACGAAUUGCGGGAAAGCCUGGAAUUUCUGGAAACAAAGAUUAAAACAGAGCCCACAAAUAAUCAGGAAUGGCAAAUCAUAUUGGACCGUAAAAAUAGCACUAAAACCAAAUUAAAUUCCGCAAAUUCUCAAUUAAACCAACUUCUAAAGCAGAAUUCAAUGAACUCAAACAGUGUAAAAUAUGUACAAAUACAGAGAUAUAGUAGUAUUUUUGAUCAAUUGACAUCGGAGUUUAACAAUGUUAGUAAACAAUUGGAUAGCAAAUACCAAAGGUUUGUACUGUUCAGUUCACCCAACCAGUAUUACACCGAAAAUGAAAAGAAUACAAAAGUAUUUUACUCCAAUAAAGGUGUAGUGGAGGCCAUAAAAGAUGUGGAAUCGCUUGAAGACCAGGCUAAAAUGAACCUGGAAAUGAUAAAAAGAGGUAACAGAAGGUUACUGAAAGCAUAUAAUAGAGUAAAUACAAUGAUAAAUAAACACUUGGUAGAUGUAAACAAACUUCAGAAAAGUAUCUCCUACAUCAUGGCCAGAAAUAGAAUGAUAUUCGCAAUCAUAAUAGGAAUUUUCUUAUUUUUUGUACUAUAUAAGAUAUUUUCAUUGUUUUCUUAA